GACGACUAGUCAUCAUUUUCCUAUUCCCAUUAAUUUUUCCAUUUGUUAAAAUAAUUCUAUCAAAAGUCGUUGUACUGAUACAUUUAAUAAAGUAACAAUGGCAGCGAAUUUAAGAUUACCACCUCUGCCAUCAGUACGCGAUCUUAUUAAACUGUACAGACUUCAAGCAAGAAAACAAUUGGCUCAAAAUUUCUUAAUGGAUGAGAGGCUAACGAAUAAGAUAGUACGACAGGCGGGUGAUAUGAAGGGAUUGCAGGUGUUGGAAGUGGGUCCUGGCCCUGGUGGAAUUACAAGAUCAAUUAUGAGAAAAGGACCAGAGAAAAUUAUAUUAGUUGAAAAAGAUAAGAGAUUCCAGCCAACAUUGGAAAUAUUGAACGAGGCGUUUGCUACAGUUAAUGGUAAAAUGGAUAUUUUUUACGAUGAUAUAAUGCAAUUUGAUUUCAACAAAAUUUUCUCUGAGGAGCUUAAACGAGAGUGGGACGACGAGAGCCCAAAAAUUCACAUAAUUGGCAAUUUACCGUUCAAUGUUUCAACUCCACUUAUCAUCCGAUGGCUGCAUGACAUUUCGGAAAAGAGAGGAGCUUGGGCUCUGGGAAGGGUAAGAAUGCUGUUGACUUUUCAAAAGGAAGUGGCAGAACGAUUGGUUGCACAACCGAAUGGAAGCCAGAGAUGUCGGUUAUCGGUGAUGGCACAAGCCUGGACUAGACCGAAACUCAGAUUUAUUAUUCCUGGGAGGGCCUUUAUACCUGAACCUGACGUAGAUGUUGGAGUCGUAACAUUCGAUCCGUUAAAAACCCCAAGAACUGAUCAUGACUUCAAAUUCUUUGAGAAAAUCACCAGGCACUUGUUUUCCUUCAGGCAAAAAUACUCGUUAGCUUGCGUUAAAACAUUAUUUCCAUAUGAAUAUCAAAACGAUCUUGGUCUGAUGAUGUUCAAACUCUCAGACUUGGAUCCAACUACAAGGCCCAUUGAACUCACCAUCGAGGAUAUGCACAGGUUAGCGUCAGCCUACAAAUACUUACUGGAGAAGCAUCCGCAAAUUAAAGACUACAACUAUCGAGACUCGGCUAAAGUCCUUCCCAAAAGUUACACAAAGGCAAUAAGUGUUGCGGAAAUAGACGAUGAGUACGUCGUCAAUCAACAGUUUCAACGGCAGGAAAGUUCUUUCGAGUAGCUUGUAAAUAGUUAAAUUUAAAUGUUUUGUUUCUCAUUUUAUUGAUAUACUGCAGAGUUACAAAAUCUGCACAAUAAAAUCGACCAGGAAUAAUUAUAAUAA